CGCAGCUCCGGAGAUCCUCGUUUUGAAGAGCAAUCAUCGGCAAAUCAUGUCACAAUCUGACAGGACUUCGAGAGGAGCCGCCGAGGAGGACAAAGGAGGAUGAAGGAGGGCGAAGGAACGGGAGAGGCAGAGGAGGAAUAUAAUGAAGUUGAGUGGGAAAGGACUGUGCACCAUCGUCUCCGGCUGCCUGCUCUUCGUCUGUGCCAUAAGCGCCGUUGUCGUCGGAUUCAAAUGCAUUGCUCUGGGCUCCAAAGUCAGAGCCCAUUUCCACCUUGGGACCGCGGCCGGGGCUUUUUACUCGGGAAUACUAGUCGGACUUGGGCAAGUGCUACUCGGGCUGGCACUGGUUUGUUGCAAGGGGAAGCCCGGCUGUCGGAAUUUUUUUCUCUUGGGGAUUUUGGUGUUCUUGUUAGGAGUUCUUACCGCCUUCUCCGGCGCUGUGCUGGACGGCGACACGGUGUCACUGGUAGAGCGGAAAUAUUCCCACUACUGCCUCGACUCGGUGGAUAUAAACCCCUUCUGCGAGCAGCUGAAGACUUAUCAAAGGGGACUCGUCGUAUCCACCAUUCUAAACACACUGGAAUGUGUUCUUGGGCUUAUGAACUUGGUGAUCAUUAAAAGGUACAAAACGGCACAGUUUUACAGAAGGAGACACUCACGGCGACAGGGCACGGGGCCAAUCAUUUUCAGCGAGGAGCAAGACUUUUCAGUGGCGGAAUUUCAACCGGUGUCUUACAUUAACCUGGGGGUAUUUCACGUGUUCGACGAGGCUGGAGUUGAGGUACAAUGCGGGGGCCAUCCGUCGAUCGAGCUCCCGGGCUACUCGCCCACGGAUCCAGAGUUAAACCAUUCUUAUCCUUUCUCGUACCCUCUUCCGAACGAGUUGCCACCCGCAUACGAGGACAUUUUCCCUGGAGAAGCAAGUAACAAGUAGCAACUGUUAGAAAGGGAUAGAAAAGUUACAAAAAUGGGCUCUAAAUUCUGCAGUGACAAUCAGUGGUUUUCCCCUUGAACUUCAGAUGUAGUUGAGGUCAAACUGGGACAAACAUGGAGAUUUUUAUUGUUAAUUCACUACCAAUGCAGAAUUCUGUUCGGUUUAAUUUCUCUGGGGUAAGUCGGCUCAUUAGUCCUUUGGCAGCACUCUGGUCAAAUAUAAGAUAAUGCUGCCAACGAACUAGUUGCCUGACUUAAAGAAGAAUAGCGGUAACAUAAGGCAAUUUACAAAUAACCGAAAGUGUAAGAUUCUAAAAUAGUUUUAAAAUAUAAGCGACACGAUUGUUAUUUUCAACUCUAAUUGUAUUCUCAUCUUAUGCCCAUGUUCGUUGAUGUCAUUUUAUUGUUUUCCUCCACGUUGCCUACGUUCCGCAUAUAGUAUGAAUAAAGGUAUUUACUCUCAA